AUGACUUCAACGCCAUCUUCUUCUAGCCAUAUCAAUGGAGUGACCAUUGAGAACGCCUUUCCCACUCCUCCCACAGUUGAGAAUGCCAGCGACACAUUGUUUCGACUCAGAGGCACAAUUUCACCCCCACCGAAGAGAUUCAUGGCACUGGAACGCGCUCAGUCAACUCCUCCUGAAAUAACCCAUGCCAAUCAAUUCGGCAUCUUGACCAGGAGCGCAGGUGGACAGUUGUCGGAUGUGGCGAGCCUGGAAAGUUCAUGGCAGCGACUGAACCUGUCAAGAAAACGAAGUCAAUACUAUAGCGACGCAUUUGCUUAUCGUGAACCAAAUAACACUGCGAAAGAGCGUGUGGCGAAAGACGCGGUGAUCCAGGCCGAGAUCAAGUUGAAUUGCUGUCUUGAAUCAGAAAACGACUUCCUCAUCGAUGUCUCAUGGAGGCUGUCCGAAAUCUACCAUCGUCCAGCUUCUUGCAUAAUGGUCUCCGUCACAGCACAAGUUUCAAUGCUUCUGGGAGGUAAUUCCGAACCAGCUUACCACUUCGCCAUCACCGCUUUGUCUCCGGAGAUAGCAGCUACAAAGAACAAAAGAAACACACAUCUUAUCCAAGACUUCAUGCUUGAUUUGGUCCAGAUUCCCCCACGACGAGGAAUCGUCCAGUUUGAGGCAGUCGCGGAGGAGAAUCUUGCCACCAAUGGAAUUACGACGUUGCAAGAGAUUGAACAUCUUGAAAGGGAAUCGAGCGAAGGGGAUGGUCGCUUGAGGGCGCUCAGUAGAAAGAGCAAAAAAAGCAAGAAGUCGACUGCUCCAGCUUUCACGGAACGACUCAGGGCUAGUAUUCCUUCACUUCGGGCGACCACUCCUUCACAGCAGGUGUUCAGUACGGUCGGAGCGGGAGAGACAAAAUCAACAGGAACAAGCGGACUAGGUAGAAAACGGGUUAAAAAGAGGCAGAGUAUCAUGGCCUUUUUCAAGAGGUGA